CCACAAAGGACACUGUGUUUUACUGGUUUGAUGUAAGGACACUGUGUUUUACUGGUUUGAUGUAAGGACACUGUGUUUUACUGGUGUGAUGUAAGGACACUGUGUUUUACUGGUGUGACGUAAGGACACUGUGUUCUACUGGUGUGACGUAAGGACACUGUGUUUUACUGGUGUGACGUAAGGACACUAUUGCCGAUGACUCGUCAUGUAUUCGUAGAAUCACAUCUCUGUUCUAUAAUCAGUAUCAGAAAACGAGUUCAUUGCGGAGAACUUUAUGCAACAGAACUGUUCGCUAGUUUUAUAUAACCCAACAGUAAUAACAUGGGGUGGGUACUAGUGUUGGUGAUUCUUCUGAUGACAUGUACUACCUAUCAACAAGUGGCUGCUGACGUAAACAAGGGCAGCAGGUCUCCGCAGAUCAUCCCUGGUCACGUCAUCACCGAGAUCAGUCACCUUGUUAUGUCGGAUUGGGAAUAUCAACGUAAAUACGACGACCUGAUAACGUCUCUGAAAGGGGCUGUUAUACUGACCUGUGGACCCGGAUGGGUAUAUUUUGAAGAUCACUGCUACUGGUUUUCCCGUGACGCGACCAGCUGGCCAGACGCUAGAGCACACUGCCAGACCUUACAUGGUGACCUUGUGGCGAUUACUGGCUUUCAAGAAAAUCGUUUCGUCAAGUUUGAAAUGAGGAAAAUUCGGAAUAAAGAACAUCCCUCUGAAAUCAAGUAUUACUUCAUUGGCGGAACAGACGAGCAGCGCGAGGGACGAUGGAUCUGGAUUAGGACCGGUCAAACAUUUGGAUUUACCGACUGGGCAUCCGGAGAACCUAACAACGCUAAUAGUAAUGAGGACUGCCUCGCACUGAGUGGGGAGUCGCUAUCAGCCUGGAAUGAUGUUCCAUGUCAAAUGAGCUUUUAUAGCAUAUGCAAGAAAAGUGUCGAAUAUAAAACGAUACCUUGACUGAACUGGAGGGUGUUCCUGUUCCGCGACGUGGAAACAGUUGUGUUUGGCUUCAGUCAUACAAAAAUAAAAAGUGUGAGCAAGAAAGAA